AUGUUUAAUAUGAAACUAUUGUUUUUCUUCGAAUUAUUCUGUAUUAUCUCGAUAUUUUGCACAACAAAUGAUUAUGUAUUAUCAUCUAAUGUCAAUAUUAUCAAAGAAAUAAAUGAUUUUUCUAAUGGAGAAUUGAAAGAUCCUAGUUAUAACAGUUCCGAAAAAUUAUCAGAAGCAAUUGCAAGUAUUAAAAUCAUCCCAGUAAACGGAGAGGAAACUGAAGAUGAAAAUUUGAUUUACGAUUCUGGAUCAAAUUAUUUUGAUAUAGAAUCAGGAAUUAAUAAAAAAAAAUUAAUCAACUUUAAAAGCUUUCCAAGUUUUGAAGAUGAAUUUGGCUCAGAAAUUAAAUCAGAAGAAAAUUAUAUUUUAAUUGAAACAAAGAAAAAAAAACAGUUAGGUCCAAUUGAUGAAACUGAAAGUAAUCGAAAUGAUAGAAACUAUAAAAGUAACGACUCAGAUUCUGAAUUCAAUAAUAAAUUUAUUAUUUAUAAACUAGAACCAAAUUUUGUCAAUAAUUCAGCAGCUAGUUCCCAAGAAACAAAAGUUUUACUUAGUGAUAAUAUCAUAACAAAGAAAGAGCUGUCUUACGGCCAAGAACUCUUGUUCUUUGAAGGAAAUAACUACUUGCCUACUGAAAAAAUAACCAGAAAAUACCCAAGUUACUAUCCAUACAUUAACCCAUUUAUACCAAUUGAAAGUCGAGAAACAGAGAAUAAAAAUGAAAUUCAAAAUAUAGCUCUUUCCCCCAUAAUUUUAAAAAUAAAACCUGCACAAACAUUAGGGAAUCAAUCGAAUGAAGAUGAGACAAUUAUCUCCAAUUUUAAUAAGAAAAAAAUUAAUCAAGAUAAAAAUAAUUUAAAGGAAAGUUUUCUAUAUUCAACACUAAAAUACGAGCAAGUAAACUCUCAAAAUGGAAAUUUUGUAUCAAAGUUCAAAUUUAUUUCAAACUCUUUUAUUUUAAAUAACCCUAAUAAUUCCACAACAAUAGAAAAAAAGUAG